CCUCCUCCGGCCCGCCCCGCUUCCCCCCCCCCUCCCCUUCCCCUCCUCCUCCUCCUCCUCCUCCCGCCGGCGCCGGAGCCGCCACGCCGCCGCCAUGGAGCUCAUCACCAUCCUAGAGAAGACGGUCUCGCCGGACUGCUCGGAGCUCGAGGCGGCACAGAAGUUCCUGGAGCAGGCGGCCAUCGAGAACCUGCCCACCUUCCUGGUGGAACUGUCCAAAGUGCUGGCCAACCCCGGCAACAGCCAGGUGGCACGCGUGGCCGCGGGGCUGCAGAUCAAGAACUCGCUGACCUCCAAGGACCCCGACAUCAAGGCGCAGUACCAGCAGAGAUGGCUGGCCAUCGACGCCAACGCCCGCAGGGAGGUCAAGAACUUCGUGCUGCAGACGCUGGGCACAGAGACGUACCGGCCCAGCUCGGCGUCGCAGUGCGUGGCCGGCAUCGCGUGCGCCGAGAUCCCCAUGAACCAGUGGCCAGAGCUGAUCCCGCAGCUGGUGGCCAACGUCACCAACCAGCACAGCACCGAGCACAUGAAGGAGUCCACGCUCGAGGCCAUCGGCUACAUCUGCCAGGACAUCGAUCCAGAGCAGCUCCAGGACAAAUCCAAUGAGAUCCUGACUGCCAUAAUCCAGGGAAUGAGAAAGGAGGAGCCCAGCAACAAUGUGAAGCUUGCAGCUACCAACGCACUCCUGAACUCUUUGGAAUUCACCAAAGCAAACUUUGACAAAGAGUCCGAAAGGCACUUUAUUAUGCAAGUAGUCUGUGAAGCCACACAGUGUCCAGACACAAGGGUACGAGUGGCUGCCUUACAGAACCUGGUCAAGAUAAUGUCCCUUUAUUAUCAAUAUAUGGAGACCUACAUGGGGCCUGCCCUCUUUGCUAUCACGAUUGAGGCGAUGAAAAGCGACAUAGACGAGGUGGCUCUGCAGGGCAUCGAGUUCUGGUCCAACGUGUGCGACGAGGAGAUGGACCUGGCCAUCGAGGCCUCCGAGGCAGCAGAACAAGGACGGCCCCCAGAGCACACCAGCAAGUUCUAUGCCAAGGGGGCACUGCAAUAUUUGGUCCCUAUUCUAACCCAGACCUUAACAAAACAGGACGAGAACGACGACGACGACGACUGGAACCCCUGCAAGGCGGCAGGGGUGUGCCUGAUGCUGCUGGCCACGUGCUGCGAGGACGACAUCGUCCCCCACGUGCUGCCCUUCAUCAAGGAGCACAUCAAGAACCCCGACUGGCGGUACCGCGACGCCGCCGUCAUGGCCUUCGGCUGCAUCCUGGAGGGGCCCGAGCCCAACCAGCUCAAACCCUUAGUCAUACAGGCCAUGCCAACGUUGAUAGAGCUGAUGAAGGAUCCCAGCGUGGUGGUCAGGGACACGACAGCCUGGACCGUGGGCAGGAUCUGCGAGAUGCUGCCCGAGGCCGCCAUCAACGACAUCUACCUGGCCCCGCUGCUGCAGUGCCUGAUGGAGGGGCUGAGCGCCGAGCCCAGGGUGGCCACCAACGUCUGCUGGGCCUUCUCCAGCCUUGCUGAAGCUGCCUAUGAAGCUGCAGAUGUGGCUGAUGAUCAGGAAGAGCCAGCAACCUACUGCUUAUCCUCCUCCUUUGAGCUGAUAGUGCAGAAACUGCUGGAGACUGCAGACAGACCUGAUGGACACCAGAAUAACUUGAGGAGUUCUGCCUAUGAAUCCCUGAUGGAAAUAGUGAAAAACAGUGCCAAGGACUGUUAUCCUGCUGUCCAAAAAACCACGCUGGUCAUCAUGGAGAGGCUCCAGCAAGUGCUGCAGAUGGAGUCUCACAUCCAGAGCACCUCUGACAGAAUCCAGUUCAACGACCUCCAGUCUCUUCUCUGUGCUACUCUCCAGAACGUGCUGCGGAAGGUGCAGCACCAGGACGCGCUGCAGAUCUCGGACGUGGUGAUGGCGUCGCUGCUCAGAAUGUUCCAGAGCACGGCCGGCUCCGGGGGGGUGCAGGAGGACGCCCUGAUGGCCGUCAGCACCCUGGUGGAAGUCCUGGGUGGAGAAUUCCUGAAGUACAUGGAUGCCUUCAAACCUUUCCUUGGGAUUGGGCUGAAAAACUACGCCGAGUACCAGGUCUGCCUGUCGGCAGUGGGGCUGGUGGGGGACCUGUGCCGGGCCCUGCAGUCCAACAUCCUCCCCUUCUGCGACGAGGUGAUGCAGCUGCUCCUGGAGAACCUGGGGAACGAGAACGUGCACAGGUCGGUGAAGCCGCAGAUCCUCUCGGUGUUCGGGGACAUCGCCCUGGCCAUCGGCGGCGAGUUCAAGAAGUACCUGGACGUGGUGCUCAACACCCUCCAGCAGGCGUCCCAGGCCCAGGUGGACAAGUCCGACUACGACAUGGUGGAUUACCUGAACGAGCUGCGCGAGGGCUGCCUCGAGGCCUACACGGGCAUCAUCCAGGGCCUCAAGGGAGACCAGGAGAACGUGCACCGUGAGUGGGCUCCCUGUGGGAUCCAUCCUGGAAACCAGCCACCCCUGGGAUCCUGGAUCAGCAUUUUGUGCCACUCACAUGGUUUUUCCCCAAUUCCCUCUGCAUCCAGGGAUUUGUGUACAGCUUUUGGGAAGGAUGUCCUGAAAUUAGUAGAAGCCAGACCCAUGAUCCACGAGCUGCUAACGGAAGGGAGGAGAUCCAAGACGAACAAAACGAAAACCCUCGCGACCUGGGCCACGAAAGAGCUGAGGAAACUCAAGAACCAAGCUUGAUCUGUUACCAUUGGGACGACACCUGAGGACCCCCACUGGAUAAAAAACCAACAACAACACCAAGAAACAAAAGGAAAAAUCUCCAAUCUCCUAGAAAACCCCCCAAAAACCCCGGGAGUGAGGACGUGUGCGGAAUGUUUGGGAAUGAGAGGAUGCUGAGGAUGAGUGAGUGAGGCUCGGAACAAGAAUCCCAACCUUUGGUGACCCCCGGCAUCCAGGAGGGAAUUCUGUGCCCCAAAAAUUCCACACAACAACAAAAAAAAAGGGGAAAAAAAGCAAAAUUCCCGCCAGCCCAAGAGCGGCUGAGCUCGGAGGAGAAAAUGAGGGAAAAACGGGGAAAAUUGGGAUUGAAGUGGUGCUCUGUGAGGUUUUGGCUGCUGGAGAGAGAGAGAGAAAGGUGGAAAAUUGGGAAUUGAUUUCCCAGGGAUUUGGGAAUCUCCGGGAUUGAGGCAAAUCCCAGAGGAGAGAGAAGGAGUUCAGGAGGAGUGAGUGUGUGUGAGUGAGGUCAUAUCCACAUUCUCAACUUCCCAAAAA